AGCCACCUAAGUAUAGACUGGAAUACUUCAGUGGUUUGGCUACUGUUGUAGCUAGCUAGCUAAGGUUAACUAACUUAAGUUGGCUGCGGUUAGCGUUGUUCGCUAGGAAGGUUAUCGGCUGGCUGACUGGAAAAGGCUACAAAAGGAACUAUUAGCUUUGCAAAAUGAUCCGCCCCCUGGAAUGACGCUCAAUGAAAAAAGUGUACAGAACACCAUCACACAAUGGAUAGUAGAUAUGGAGGGAGCCUCAGGUACCCUAUACGAAGGAGAGAAAUUUCAGCUGCUUUUCAAAUUCAGUAGUCGGUAUCCUUUUGAUUCACCUCAGGUGAUGUUUACUGGGGAGAGUAUACCUGUCCACCCCCAUGUGUAUAGCAACGGUCACAUCUGUCUGUCCAUACUAACAGAAGACUGGUCGCCUGCCCUCUCGGUGCAGUCAGUCUGUCUUAGCAUUAUCAGCAUGUUGUCCAGCUGCAAAGAAAAGAGACGGCCGCCUGAUAACUCCUUCUACGUAAGAACAUGUAACAAAAACCCCAAGAAGACCAAAUGGUGGUAUCAUGAUGAUACAUGUUAAUGUACAAACUUUGUAAUACUCCUAGAAGAAAGAAGUCCUACUGACCCACAUAAAGCACUUUUUAAUCAUUCAGUCUUUGAACUCUGACCUUUGACUGGAACAGUGACGCGCUGGAGACUCUUUUUGAACUGCAUUUCCCAGAGGGCAGUUGGAUGCAUGUUUUAGGCGGUUGUAAUAUAUGAAAUGAGAAAAAUAAAGGAACGCUAUGUGCACCCAACAAAGGAUUGUUUUAGUAAAAAGGCAGUUAUGCAGCCAGCGAAACUUUAUGGAGAGAUUAUUAUUAUUAUUAUUACAUAAUUCCUGUUUUAAGAUUGUUUUUGUUUGUAUGGGUACAUUUAAAGGUUCCGUGCAAUAAUAUCAAGGAUGGCUGCAUGCUUGUACCUACAAAGAAAAUCCACAUUAAACAGUUUAUUUCCUGGAAGGGAUGUAAGCAUUUUAAACCCCCAGGAAAGGCUUUCUUUUUUAAAGAAAUUCAAUGCACUGUGAAAAAUCUACAGUGGUACAUCAACUCAAUGUUAUUAUUCCAACAUGCAACUAUCCUGUAAACUGUAAAUUUAAAAACAGUUUACCACUAUUACUUAAAGAUAAUAACACAGUUUUAACCUGACUGAAUUUAAAGCAUUAAAUCUAGAGCAGUAUGGUUCUUCCCCUCUGCCUCUAUAAAAGACAGAUCUUCAGAUUUCAGACGUUGCAGAUUGGUCUGGUCUCUGUUGGAUAAAAUAUAUUUAUGAUGAAAGCUGGUUAAAACUGUUUAAUUCACUGGAGAACUUUUGCAUAAUGCUCCACAACAGCCUGGACGGAACUCUUGUGGGGUUAGCUAGUUCAUUCUGCAAACCCGGAGCUGUAUGACAAGAUUGUAUCCAUGUAACAAAUGUUUGUUGUUGCUGUGUUACAUUUUUAUUUGUAUGAUAUAUUGGUUUGUUUGUUAAUUUUUUUUGAUGAGAUUUAUGCUUUAAUCUUCUACAAAAUUCUCAGAUUUUAAGAUGUCUGUCUUGUUGUUUUUGUACUUGUCUUCUGCUAGCUGACACUUUGAAAGGGGGCAGUAUGUUUUGGGUUGUGUGUUAAAUGUCUUAUUUAAUUUAAAAUCUCCAUUUUGACCUCCAGAAUGGUAGUCAUAAUGAAAGGAAUUGUGUUUAAGCUGUUGUUAAAGGUUUAACUGAUUCCCCUGGUCAGAGAUUUGGCUCAGGUACUUCAAUACGAGAUCACCUCUAAAACAAAUCCUUUCAGAUAUAUUUGCAUUUACCUAUAUUUUCACUAGGAAACUUAUGUAGUGUCGUGGUAACGUCUGCAACUAGUGUGUAUAUAUAUACGUCUUUAGGAGUUGCAGACUUGAAUGGAUGCGGUUCCCUCAUCUUGAUAUGACAAAAUCUAUAAUAGGAGUUCUUUAUUACAUUGAGGUUCUCUGCAAUGUUUCUGCAAAGUGCUAUGGUACGUCCGUUUCAGGGUUGGGUCAAUGCGUAUUGAAUUCUAGAACUCAGAAUGUAGACAGAAUUUGAAAUCCACACGUUCCUCCGUAAUUUAAGUAAAUUUGAAUUAGGAUUGGAAUGUCAGCGCACAUCUUGAAUUGUCUGGUAUUGAAAUAGAAUUUACCUAAUCCCUGGUUGGUUUAUCAGAAACGACACCAUUGCUGUUGGUCCUGUUUUUUUUUUUUUUUUUUUUUUAAAGGACUGCCGGGAUGCCUGUUUAGUUAAAACUCUGUCAUCAUAUACCAAACUUGUGCUUUUACAUGUGCUGCUCAUUUCUGAUCGUUUGGGGGGAAAGAUCUGAUACGCGUGGUCAACAGGACACCAACCCACAAAGCGUUCAGAACCGGGCAGCCUGUGUAAAUGACCCCCCCCCCCCCCCCAGUGUGUCCAGAAUAACUCUGUCACUGGUGGAAGGAUUUAGCAGCCGUCAUGGUGUACUGCUUUUGAACGAAGACCUAUUGGCCCCGGUUGAACGAAGUUGCACCAAGAAGUGAUCAACUGCUGGCCGCUGUAGGGGAUGAAGAUUUAGUUUGCGCCACAGCUCUUUGGUCGUUUCUGACUUCAGUCACUCCAUUCCUAUAUCUUUGUUCUGUCUUCUGUUGCCAUUCGUUUGGAAAUACUUGAAUUCGCCGUUUGUUAUUGCUUUGUCUUUUUAGUGUGCUUCUUGUUUCCUUCGGACCUAUAGGUGAUGAGGGGUUAUUUCUGAAUGCAUAUGAAACCACUUGCGUGACUGAAUGUUUUGGUAGCGGUUGUGAACAUGACCCUGGCACUUCGGUGUCAAGGAACCGUGUGGCCGGCUAUGUGAAGAUGUCUCCUUAUUUAACCGAUGAUUGGUUUUGUGUAACACUGCAGAUGUUAUUUAAGGUCGUGUGGAACAGCAGCAGAAUUAUGUAAAUGUUACAAAUUGCGUCCCAAAUGGCACACUGUUCCCCAGAUGGUCACUGCUUUUAACCAGGGCUCUGGUUCAAAAGUAGUACUAUAUAUAUAGGGAGUUGAAUGCCAUUUGGGACAUAUAGGUGGUCACGGUAUGUUAAGGCUGGGACAAAAGGCCUGUGUCCACUGGAUAAAUCAGUGGAUAUGUUUAAAAACCCAGGGUGGGGUGUAAACAAGGUUUGAAUUUCUCAUGUUUUACUUUAAUUUCCCUGGUUUUAUUUUUCCUCUUAAUGUGGUUUGGAUUCUUUGCCUGCAGAUUGUUGUGAAUGAUCAACACUAAUGAUGGGUGGAAAUAUUUAGAGAAUUAUUAUUUCAUUGUUUUUCUCUUUUUGGGGGAUGUACAAGCUCCAUGUUGGAGACGCCUGUUCAUUUUAAUAAUCAAUAAUAAAAGCAAAAAUUCACUUUUAAUUCA